AGUUCUUUCCCGGAGUUUGUUCCACCUAUUUACACGUGUUUCAGGAUGGCCCCUACGGAAACAAAGGCCGCCGCGCCGGCCAAUGUUGGCAAAAAGGUGCGAAAGGACCGCAAAAAGGUGCAGAAGGUCAACAAGUACCCGGCCAGCGUGUUGACGAGCGGCAUGUAUCGUAUUGUGCGCCGCAAAAUGAUCAAGAAGCGCCCCCUGCCUGUGUCGGGUGGCGAGAAGAAGGUCAAGAAGCCCGUCACCGUUGUGAAGAAGAUUGGCGGUGCGAAGAACGGAGGCGAGCGCACGGUGCUGCUGCGUAAGAACAAGGCGGAUCUGCCGACGAGGCGUUUCGCCCGCAAGCGCCCGGCCAAAUCGUGCUUCCGCAACCACAAGCGCAACAUCCGCCGGUCGCUCAAGCCAGGCAAGGUGCUGAUCCUGCUUGCUGGCCGUCACAAGGGCAAGCGGGUGGUGUUGCUGAAGGUGAUGCAGACCGGGCUGCUGCUGGUAACCGGUCCGUUCGAGGUGAACGGUUGCCCGAUGCGCCGCAUUGAGCAGAACUACGUCAUCGCCACCAGGACGCGCGUCAACUUGAAGAAGCUGAAGCUGCCGGAACACAUCAACGAUCGGUAUUUCCGCCGCGUCCUUCCCAAGAAGGAUACUCGCGUCGAACGUGACAUCUUCUCGCGGAAGGAGUUCAAAUACGUGCCGACGGAGCAGCGCAAGGCCGACCAGAAGGUGGUGGACGCAGUGGUAAAGGCUGCCAUCAAGGAACACCCGGAGGGCAAGCUGGUCAUGCGCUACCUGAAGUCGAUGUUCUCGUUGCGUUCCAACAUGUUCCCGCACCGUAUGCUGUUCUAAGUGUUGUCGGAGAAGAAAAGUCUGCGGUAAGGGGUGAUUCGGCGUAGGGCGAAUAUCGGCGGGUGAUGUGCGCGUGUAAACAAAGUGCAACCGAACUGCUAAAAGAAGGUGGCCGUAGGCGCGAACUAAUUUACUUUAUAUCAUCGCACGGCUGAAAUUCGGAUCAGCGUUAUGAAAAUAAUAAAAUUUAAAGAUUACCUCUUUAAA